AUGGUUUCCGUGUUGUCUUCUUUUAUCUCAGUUUUAAACGCCGUGGGCUACUGGCAACACUCGAAUGAUCAGUACAAUCUGUUGAAGCACUGUGGAGGCAUGGGCCCGUACGUUGAAGGAACCGGCUUUGGUCUGUCACACGAGCUACCUGCGAACACCACGGUGGACCAGGUGUACGUGUUUUCACGUCAUGGCGAGCGGUUUCCGACCGUUUCAGUUGCGGAGGAGUUGCGGGCCGUGUAUAACAAGCUGAAAGCCGCGCAGGUCGAAGAAUACAAGGGCCCGCUAGCGUUUGUGCGCGACUGGGAGUUCUACAUUCCCAACGAUGACUGUUUGGAGAUGGAAACCAACACGUCCCGGUUUUCUGGACUGCUGGACAUGGAGAACUUCGGCCGUGCUGUUCGCAGAAAGUACGGCUAUUUGUACAAGGACGAGACAGAGCUACCAUUUUUCUCCGCCGGACAGCAGCGUGUUGUUGACUCUGCUACAAGCUUUGCCAAGGGGUUCUUUGGCAGCGAAUCCGAGUUCGACCGGCUCGCGCAUAUCCACGUUAUUCCGGAAAAAGCCAAACAGGGAGCAAACACACUGACCAGCGGUCGCAGUUGCAAGCCGUACAACAAGCAUUCAAACUACGACUCGGGCCUGAAAGAAUUCGAGACACAGUACUUGUCACAAGAAGCAGACAGACUCAAUAGUCUUUCACCUGGGUUUGAUCUGAAUGCCCAAGAUGUGCAACGAUUGCUUGCAUACUGUCCAUUUGAGUUGAAUUACCGCGGACACAGCGAGGUUUGCCAAGCCUUAUCGUUUGACUCCUUCGUUGGCCAUGAGUACUCUCGCGACCUGGAACUUUACUACACCAAGGCGUUGCACCCGUUCAGUUUCAUUCUCGGGUCGUUGUACGUGAACGCUACAUUGACGCUAUUCGAGCAGGGUUCGGACCAGCUGAACCAAUCGCUGUGGUUCAGUUUCUCGCACGAUACAGACCUACUAUACUUUAUGAACGCUUUAGGGAUCUUGGACCAUCAGGCCACAGAUCUAAGUCUUCACCAUAUUGAUUUUGCCAGAUGGUUCCGGACCUCGGAACUGAUCCCGAUGGGGGCCAGAAUAGUUCUGGAGCGAAUCAAGGACAGUACCGGCCAGGUGUACGUGCGCGUGCUCGUAAACGACGCGGUGAUCCCGAUCCCCAAGUGCACCGAGGGGCCAGGCUACUCAUGUCCGCUUGCGGAGCUACGCAAAAUCUUCGACUCGCGUCUGGACGGCGACACAUUUGCAUCCAAAUGCCACGUGAAGUCGCGCCGGCCCUGGCACUUGUCCUUCUACUGGGACUGGAACACUAAAUAA